CAUUUGUACAUGGAAUAUGAUGAGGAUGAUGAUAUUUUCUUUGCAAAAUGGAUGAGCAGCUUCUGGGGCCACAACUUGAUCGAUGAGGAGAAAGAGGGCAGAGGCCACAAGAAACGUCAGCCACAGCUCUGCAGUGAAAGGAGGGCAUCCCUACCGGCCAAGCUGUCAUCCCUCCAUACAACACGACUUCAUGCUUCUGCCAAAGGCUCAUCUUCAGGCCACCUCAGGGGCUCCAAGGAAUUUCAAGAAGACCAAGAUGUCAAAUGUCACUGCCACAGGAAAGCAAGCAGAACACCUUCAACAGACAGCUCAUGUCCAGAGACAAGAUCAAACUCCAUUCAGGAAUUUGCAGAGUCCUUUGAAAAGCAAUUGCAUCUCAAAAGCAAACGCUCAGUUUCUCUGCAACCUGAAGGUGCAAAAGAGAGACGAGAAAGAGAAAAAUUGCAUUUGAGAAAAAGCAAAUCUCAUAAGAAAAUGGGAGAGAAAUCAGAGGCAAGGAGAGAGCGGGAUGAAGCUGAAAGUUCAGAAGUACCUGCAAAACACAGCAAACAGUUUCCAUCACAAGCAAGCAUUCAGAAAGCGAUCAAAGGAAGGUUUGUAUGUCUGAAAGACUCUCUACUUCUUCUAUUUUUUCUCGCCUUGCCGGGCUACUGGGAGCCGCUGUCCUCGGCCGCCAGCCCCGCGCCAGCCCUGCCCGCUCUCGGCCGCUUUUCCUGGAAAGCGGGGCAGGAGAGGGGGCGGGCAGCGCCGGAUCCCGCGGAAGCCUCGCUUUCCCCGAGCCCCUUUCCUUUGGCUCUGCUCUGGGUCCUUCCCGGCCAGGCGGGGAGGAGAACGCCCGCCCCCCGCGGGGCCGCCAGGGGAACAUCUGGGCGGCCGCGCCGCAAACAUCUGGAGCGGCUGCGGCGCAUCCCCGGGGGCCGCAGCUGCAGGGUCCUGCCCCCGGCGCUGCCCGGGCCGGCAGCGAGAGCCCCGGAGGAGGGGAAAGGAAGGAAGGGAGGAAGGCGGAGAAGGGGCUGCGAGGGAGGGCGCGGCACAGGUAAGGGCAGCCCGGCGCCCCCGAUCCCCGGCGGCGGCAGGGGCCGGGGUGAAGGCAGGACGGGCGGCGGGGCAGGGCGGGGGAUGUCGGAUAUUGCCGGGUGA